AUCGAUAAGGAACCAGACACGGCAUUAUCCGGCAACAGAAAAUGAAACAGUCUGAGGAAAAACAAAAACCAGUUACACAAACCUGGACCCAGAUAUAUGCUGCUUUGGGAGUUGGUUUUGUUUAUAUCGUCAUUGGAUUACCUUUAUGGUGGAAAACAACAGAAGUAUACAGAGUUAGUCUUCCUUACUCAGAUAUAGAGGACUUAUAUCAAGCAAAGUUGAAGUAUACAGUUGAUUUGGAGGUCAUUAAUUUUGAUGUCCAAAUAACUGAUGUAGACCUAACCUCAUUAUCAGGACUUCUAACAUCACACUUAGCUUCUAAAGAAAGUGAUAUCUACAGUAAAUACAGAGUAAAUGUUCGACAAUGUACAAAGGACGAGCAAGUUCAUGAAAAAUUGGAAUUACCAGGUUUAGAUGAAAAGUUACAUGUAGAAGAUGAAAAACAGAAUAGAUAUGAGAUUUAUUUGUUACCAAAGAAACUAACAAAGCCUUACAUUGGUACCCAUCAUGCACUGUAUUUGUCCACAAAAGGCAGAGAAUUAUCUUCAGUAUCUGAUGACAUUGUACGCCUUGUUAAGGAACAUUUAGUUAGAGAAUCAGUGCUGACAAAGACUUAUCAAGCUACUAAAGGACAGAACCAAGCCAAGAAAGGACAGAAAAUAAACCAACAGCCAGAUAAAGAAAGCAUGAGAGCUGUCAAAUCAAAUGAUGAAUAUGAUAUAACCUUUAGCCUUGUGAACCCUCAACCUGACAUUUUAGACAUCCAGUGGGAUAUAGAACAUGGAGUUUCAUAUUUAGACCCAUUGAUAUUAAAAAUUGAACAGUAUGCAAAGUUGAACAUCAAAUCACAGGUGAUGUACUAUACUGGGUUACUGAGAAGACCAAAGUCAGACGAAAAGAAAGGAGAAUUUUACUAUGAUAUGGAUGAUUUACCUCACACUAUCAACCCAUUGGAGGUCAAACUAGGAUCACAUGCUUCUAACAACCCAACUUUAAAUUUUUUGACAUAUGUCCCCAGUAGAAAUCAACAUCCAUUAUAUAUUUGUCAGAGAAAAGGUGUGAAAGUGGAAAGUAACUCGUUCCUUAGUCCACGAUGGGGUGGCAUCUUUAUCUACAAUGUGCCAUCCCCAGGAGCCAAUGAUACUCUGCCUGUCCCAGUCAGUAUGGAUAUGAAAUCUGUAAUGGAAGUGUUUAUAACACAACUUAAGCUUCUACUUAAUAUUCAGUCAGUAUCAGCAGAUACAGUAGAUAUAGCUGACCCUCAGAAUAAGAUUAUUUCUGAAUGGGAACUAGAUAACUGGUUAAGAUACAGAUGUAUAGAAAAUCUAGGAACAUCAGCAUCCACAUUAAGAUCUUUAGCACAGUUAUUAGGAAAAAUUAGAAAUAUGGUUAUACAAGAUCACAUAGGAAAACUGGUUGAGGAAGCUGUAAGUGCUAUUAAAGCUAGUCACAACUAUUUAGCACAGGGAAAAUUAGAUAAAGCUUUCCUCAAGUCAAAACAAGCCUUUAAAGCCUCAGAGACAGCUUUCUUUGAUCCAUCACUCCUAGAAUUAUUAUAUUUUCCUGAAGAUCAAAAAUUUGCAAUAUACAUUCCAUUGUUUCUACCAAUAAGUUUACCUGUGAUAGCUUCAUUGUACAAGGCAUUCAAAUGGAUUAAAAGUCAAAAAGCUAAAGUGAAACAAGAAUGAAAUGAAGGUUUAUAGCAAUAAGUGCAACAGACUUACAUGAUAAUGUUUGAGUUGAUAAUCAAACUGCUAAUUUCCAGCUUGCAUUACACAAAUAUUGUGCUUUUCAAGUCACAUCUGCUGGAUAAAAAGGAAAACAUCUUUUUAGCACUGGUAUCUUUUAGGAGUCUUGUGCUUUAGUAUUUGUUGACUGAAUCAGAUUUUAAUCAGUUAGGCUUAUGUCAACACUUGUGUCAUCGUCACGGAUUUCAGUAUUGUCAACCAUCAUAAUUAUUAUCAUCAUUGUGUAUCCAUUGUCAUAGAUGUUAUAACUGUGAUUAUUUUGUGUCAAUUGAUAUCAACCUCUUUUUAGGAUCGUUUGAACUUUCCUGAUUGCAGGGGCAUAUGCAAAUUUCAUAAUGAUUUGAUUUGUAAAUUUAAAUAAAAUAACCAAAUCUAAUUUAAUGAAUUUUAAGGGCCUUUCUAAAACAAAGUUAAAAACAGAAGACUAAACAAAUGCAUAUUAAGAAAUUUAUUAAUUAAAUACAUAACAUACAAGGUAUGAGUAAUUGAUUAAUAUUUAGAAAUGUUUGUUUCCAAUUAGAAAUCACACAGUAGUCAACACAUGAUAAUGUCCAUUAUACAUAAUUUAAGUACACAAGUUUACUUUUCUGAACCCCCCCUCAAAAAAAAAAAAAUUCAUCCUCUUGUAUUAUUUCAAAAAGUGCUUUGGACACACACCAUUCAUAAAAUUAUAUAUAUUUUGAUAUACAAUUUAAAAGUUCAAGCAUGUUUUAGGUGUAGUGAAUCAACACAUGAGCUGCAUUGGAUAGAAACCGACCUUAUGCAAGUGCAUGUAUACAUGUACAUGUAUAAGACUUUCAUCGAUUUUGGAACAUUCAAAUACGAAAUAAAAGAUGAACUUUGGUCUGUUUUGUAGGGUUCUUAUAACAGCUCAAUUUUCGAACAGUUUAAGACUGCAUAUAGAUUUUUUCAGCCCGAAAUAAGUUAACAGAUGUAUUGAUAUUCAUUUGCAUAAGGUCGAUUUCUAUCCGACACAGUUCACAUUUUUCUAAAGUGCUGAUGAAGGAAAAGUAAGAUUUCUUGCUGGAUGACAGUAUUGUCAAUAUAUAUACCUGAAGCACUACAGUUUGCACCACUUAAGUUGUGAAAGUUACAAAAGUAAAAACCCCAUGUAAAAUGAUAUCCUCAACUGUAUGAAAGAUAUUUAGAUGAUUUUGUUAUAUUAAGACUUUCAACAAGUCAUACAUACCAUAUAAUGGUAUGCUAUUUUAUAUGAUCUUUUUUUUUUAAUGUUUUGCCUUUUUGUUAAUAAACAUUAUUUUGAUACA